AACAACAACAACAACAACAACAACGAGAUCAAACACGCUAUCCUUGAGAAGCUUUUCUCGAGCAGGCUUUAUCCCGGAAGCUUGUGGGCCGAACUCGUCUCAGCUCACGUUGGCUUAUAAACCGGCUCCGACCUCAGCUCGCCAGCUGGUUGGAUGAACGUGAACUAGCUGAAUAGACAGACUAACUCAUGGGAGGGCGAAGAUAAACAAUUACACAGUUUCGGAGGAGAAUCGCCCACCGAUGUAUGAACAUAGGGACCCAGCACGAGGACAGCAGUCUCGAGGGGCCGAAGGAGGAACAACUGCUCAAACCAGGACCAGAAGAAGGUCCGGAUCGGACUCGUCCUUUGUGAGUACGAUGGGAGCUGUUCUGCUCUGGCUCCGCGACGUGGCGACCGUGACUCUCCUCAAAGCACGGCGGACUUUAUUCCAGGCUGCCAUCCUGUUUCUGGUCCUCUUGCUGCUGCUGUGGGUGUCCAUCUUUCUCUAUGGAAGCUUCUAUUACUCCUACAUGCCCAGCGUGAGCUUCUCCACCCCGGUGCACUUCUUCUACACCUCUGAUUGUGACGCCUCCGAGUCACUGCUCUGUUCCUUCCCCACGGCCAACAUCUCUUUCCUGAAGAACGAGAGGGACCCAGUGAUGGCUUUCGGUCAGCCUUAUCGAGUGUCUCUGGAGCUGGAGAUGCCAGAGUCUCCAGUGAAUGAAAACCUGGGUAUGUUCAUGGUCAAGAUGUCCUGCUACAGCAAGGGUGGGAAGAUCGUCUCGUCCGUGGGCCGAUCCACGAUGCUGCAUUACCGCUCCGGCCUCCUGCAGAGCCUGAGCACGUUGAUGUUCUCUCCUUUCUUUUUGACCGGCAUGGCUGAACAGAAGCAGCUCAUCGACGUUGAGCUCUUCUCGGACUACAAGACGAAUGCUUUCCAGCCCUGCAUCGGUGCGGUCAUUGAGGUCCUGUCCAGACGAGUGCAGAUCUACUCCUCUCAACUCCGUAUCCACGCUUACUUCACCGGCAUACGAUAUGUCCUGUAUCACUUCCCCCUGACGUCUGCGGUGCUCGGCGUGGCCACCAACUUCUCCUUCCUCAGUGUCAUUGUGCUGUUCAGCUACCUGCAGUACAUAUGGCGCGGGAUCUCGCCCCCGAACCAAGUACGAGUCCGGGUGAUGAUGGGGGAUGACACCCGCAUCCAGCAGAGGAGAGAGGAGGCUCGGAAGCGCAUGGAGAAGGAAAACUCGCAGGCCGACCUCUGUGCUCCCGAAGUGAUUGGCUCUGCGACCGAGGCUUCUUACUUCCAGGGAUCUGAGCCGGUGGCGGGGCCCUCGGAGACCGUAGAGGCCUCUGGUGCCGAUGUGCCCGACGCCAAGGAGGAAGAGGCUCCUGACUGUAAGGAGCCCGAGGAGGAAGACGGCUCCGAUGUGUUGGCCGAACGCCAAGAGCCUCAGCAGGGGGAGAGCACCCUCCGCAGACCUGGGCCGUGGAUGAGCCUUUGAUCGAAGCCACGGCACACGGCUAAAGCACUGAUCGUACAUGCCUACUGUUCAUGAAUGUAUGACACAUGCUUUGUUUUAGCUAACAAACUACUGCGUAUCGUGUUGAGUCGUUAUACUAAGUGUUGUAACUUUGACCUCUUCUUAUUUCUUCGUGCAUUAUUGUCUAAGUCGAAUGCUUCACCAUCUUGAUUUUUGCGUAUGCCCACAUCUGGAGAUACUGCAUUCCACCUCUGGUUUCUCCAACAGAUGAUGGCCUCGCCGUUCAGGUGUUGGUCCACAUUUGAACACACCCCUUGAAGGUCAGUUGACCUGUCAUGUUUUCUCAUAUCCCGGCCAGCCGUCAAUAGCCGAAUGCACACAUCCUGGCUUUUCUCCCAUGAUAACGCAAUGAGUCAGGAACUCUUUGUUACAAGGUCACACAAAGGACUCUGUCCACGAAUGUAGCUGCCGAGUACUCGGAACGGAAUUUAUUGAGUUUUUGUAUUUAAAAGAAUGUGACACACUCUUUUAAGGGAUACCGAUGAACUAUCCUCGUGAUACCUUUUUCACAGAGUCUCUUUCAGAGCAAUUAGAUUUGGAAAAUGCGGCCAAAAUAGUGUCUUUUGUUUUUGACAGCUGGCUGUAAAAGUGUUACAUAUAUUUUACUUGUUCAUUCAGAUACCUCUCUCCGUCUAAUGGGGGAUGUAACAGCCGUGGCAUAAUUGGUUAAGGCGGCAAUACUUUUAAAUUAAAUUAUUUUUGGCGUUCAUUCCAUCAUCACGAUUCCUUUUGUAUUCAAUAUCUGUUACAGUGCAGCUUAAACACUGUACUUUAUUGUUGGGAAAGUGUUAUUUAUGUUUAAGCAACUGCACAAAGCUAUUUUAGAUGGGUAUUUUAAGUAAUAUAAGUCUGUUAAUUAAGUUUGCAUUUAACAUUAAGGAUCAGUAUAAGAAGGAGAAGGGAAGUUACUGUUUUAAAAUGCUGGUUGUUAAAGCAGGAAGUGUUGCCCCCAUGUAUUUAACCUACACUCUAGGGGAGCCACGGGUUUAUGCCUGAAGCGAGUUUGUGCAGGUGACACAGGAUUAUGUUCCAAAGAUCGUGAAACAUGAAGCACUUAUAAUGUCAUCUUGUAUUCUGUCAUGGUAAUAUCCUUGCAAAUGCUUGUGAGUAUGUGUUAUUUAUGUGUUGAACAAAUAAAAAAACAUGAAGUGGCA